AUUCUGCUAAAAAUAUUUUAAACUUUAUGUGCCUGCAUGUGUUUUUUCUCUUCUCCUUCUUUAAGAAGGGAGCUUAUAAUUUUUUUGACUUGUAGAGGCUGGAGCCGAAGAAGAAAAAGAUAAUCUAUGGGGGAAGACGCAGGAAGAGAUUUGGAAUGCCAUAAGAUUAUGGAUGAGAAGGUGAAUAGCGGAAAUGGCUCAGAUAAAGUUCUCCCUUCUUGUUGCUUGAAGGCCAGGGCUUCAGCCCCUGAGCUUGAGGCAAAAUGCCAUUCAACUGUUGUUUCUGGGUGGUUCUCGGACUCUCAGUCUUCCUCUGAUAAAGCUGGUAAAAUUGUCUACUUCAACAAUCCUAUGUGGCCUGGAGAAGCACAUUCUCUGAAAGUUGAAAGCAUUUUAUUCAAGGAGAAAUCAGACUAUCAAAAGGUCCUUGUUUUUGAGUCAUCAACAUACGGGAAAGUGCUUGUUCUUGAUGGAAUAAUUCAGUUAACCGAGAAAGAUGAAUGUGCAUAUCAGGAGAUGAUAGCUCAUCUGCCACUUUGUUCAAUUCCAUCUCUCAAAACUGUCCUGGUUGUUGGAGGUGGUGAUGGUGGAGUCCUUAGGGAGAUUUCUCGGCACAGCUCUGUUGAGCACAUUGAUAUAUGUGAAAUAGAUAAGAUAGUUAUAGAUGUUUCCAAGAAGUUCUUUCCAGAAUUAACCGUUGGAUUUGAGGACCCUCGGGUUCAUCUUCAUGUUGGUGAUGCUAUUGAGUUUCUUCAUCAUGUUCCAAAAGUGAAGUAUGACGCGAUCAUUGUUGAUUCAUCAGAUCCUGUAGGUCCUGCUCAAGAGCUUGUAGAAAAACCCUUUUUUGAGACCAUAGCACAAGCAUUAAGGCCUGGUGGUGUCCCUUGUAACAUGGCAGAGAGUAUGUGGCUUCAUACACAUUUAAUUGAAGAUAUGCUUUCUGUUUGCCGUGAAACAUUCAAGGGUUGUGUUCAUUAUGCAUGGACAAGUGUUCCAACUUAUCCUAGUGGUGUGAUUGGCUUCCUGUUAUGCUCCACAGAGGGACAACCGGUUGAUUUUCUGAAUCCCGUAAACCCAAUUGAGAAGCUAGACGGAGCUUACCAUCAUAAGAGAGAACUUAGAUUUUACAACUCUGAGGUGAGAACUCAUUCCAUCAAGGCUGCUUUUGCAUUACCUCCAUUCCUGAAGAGGGAGGUGAGGCUACUUCGAGACUGAUGCCUCGGAACAAGGAACUUGCCUCUCUUGAAGCGAAUAUGUA